AUGUUAGAUUACGGAAGAAGUAUGGGAGGAGUAGGCUAUGGAGGCAAUGACUUUGCCGCUAUGCCAAAAGUCAUUCAAGGGAAGCCAAAGUACAAAGAUCCUUAUGGGGGAAAGAUUUAGGAAGAAUAUUAUCCAUAAAACAUUAUGCAUGACAAACGUGUUGCAAGAGGAAGCACAUAUGCAGCUAUGGUUAUACCAGCAGGAACUAACCCAGAUGCAAUGAUGAUGGAUAAAAAGAACGAUACAAGGAAAACUAAAUCAUUUAAAAGAACACAACAAGAUCUUCAAUCACCUCAAGCGAGAGUUAUUUAUCCAAACAGAGAUAUUCCCACUCCAGAGCCAGUCCCAGGCAGAUUACACAUGGAGAUUUAGACUGAAAAGUAUGUUGAAAACUUGACUGACAAGCCGCCUGAAAGAGAAGAAGGUGUUGCUACUGAGUUCUAUUUAGAUAGACCUCCAGUUCCACUAUUUAAUCCUAAGAUGCCUUCUAAAGAUAAUUGCAAAGCAAUUUAAAUUGAUGAAAACGAUCCAGAAUUAUUUGAUUUUGAAAGAGAAAUUGAGCCUAUGUUGAAUGUUCUCAUAACUAAGACUCUUGAGCAAGCAAGAAUGAGAGUUCUUGAGGAGGAAGAACUUAGAAUCAUGAGAACUUAGUAAAAGGAAUAUGAGGAAAUCAGAAAUGCUGAAUUAAUAGAAGCAUAGAGAUUGGAAGCUGCAGAACUCAGACGCAAAUAAGAACUUGAGAGAAGAAGAGUUUAGUAAAAAGCUAGAAAAGAGGAGAAAAGAGCUGCUCACAAGAAGCAUGUUGCCAGAGUUAUGGCAAAAUCAUAUUUAGUCGGACUUAGAGAAAACGCUCUAAAGGCUCUAAAAGAUUAAGGCAUGCUUAUUGAGCCGAUUGAGUAGGUAAUGACUGAAAACGUCAUGCCUUGGGUGUUAGAGCAAAUGGCUGAAUUUAUUGAAGAUGAAGAUAUUCAAGAAUUUACAGUAGAAGAUGUCAUUAAAGGAGCAUUUGAACUUGCUAAAGCUCAGCAUAGAUAGGGGAUCGAGAUGGAAAUGUAAAAGAGAAAAGAUGCUAUUAGUUACAAGCAGUAUUUGAUUGAGGAAAAAGAAAACCAUAGGAAAAGACGAAGAGAGCUUAGAGAAGAAAGAAGAAAGCAACAAGAACUGGAAAAACUUAAAAAUGAAAUCAAAACUAACUUCGUAGAUAAAGGUGAGCCAAGAGACCACAUUUUAUAACAAGACUUAAUGGAAGUGCAUGGUCAUUACGAAAAAGGAAAGUCAUUUAUUGGUUCAGUUGGAGGGCACAUUACUCAGGUUGCCUUGGCUCUCUAAUGUAUCAGAGCAAUAGAGUAAGCAAAUUAAGAGAGAAUGAAAAAUGAUGGUUCAGAGCACACUCUUUAAAAUACUCAAUCCUAAAAAGAUCUUAGCAAGAAUGCAGUCAAAAAACAUCCCUUAGAACUUGUUGAUGGACCAGGACUUUUCACGUUCAUUUUGAACUAUAUCAAAGAUCUUAAAAAUGAUUCUUUCACCCUUCUGAUUAGCGAACAAACAGCUGCCUUAGUUGAAUAACUCAAAAUAAAUCUCAAUGAGCUUCACAAAGUAGAUGAAAACAACCUUAAAUUGCUUAAGAAUAGCAUGAAUGAGAAUCCAGGAUCAUUUGUUUUAAGAAUAAUGAGGAAUGAAUCAGACUUUAUUGAAGGAAUGUUCAGCUAUGAUCUGAUUGUUCAACUUUAAAAUAUGAUUGUUGAUAUUCUUUCUAAGAAACUCCCCUCUGAUGUCAGUUUCAACAAUGCUAAGUUAGAACAAGUCAUUAACAAGAUAAAACUUGUUCCAAUUCCUAAGCAUAUCCAUGAGUCAUCUGUAACUGGCUAAGAAAUCGAUUAAGAAACAGGAUAACAAAUCACAAAAGUUGUUACUGAGAAAAACACGAAUGAAAGAGCUAUUGUUUUCUUGAAAAUACCAAGAAAACAAGAAAAUGUUCAAGUAGAGUAUCUUGACGAUAAUGGACAAGUUCAACAGUCAUAUACAACUAAAUUAGUAGAGCAAGAAUAAGAUGAUAGAGUUCUUACUGUGCCUGCAAGAGUUGACAACGUGCCUUAUUCUAUUUUCGUAGUAAAUGAACUCGGUCCAAGAACACAUAGAAGAGAAAUUUUCAAUUACAUUAAAAAGAGCUUCGCUGAAUACUUCGAUGGCAGAGACAUAUAGAAGGAACUUGAUGAGAUGUCUAAUCUAGGUGAUGCUAUGUUCGAGCGUCUCAUGGGCAGAUUCAUAAUGUGGGAAGGCAUCUCUAAAGACAGACCUGUGUUUGACUUUGAUAUCAACCUAAAUGACUGA